AAUGAGUCACCAUUGUUGUUGUUUUAAAGGAGGUUUGCUUAUCCCCACGUCCACGGAAGUGUCGACGACAAAAAGAAAAGAGAUUGGUGGGACCCUCCUUGAUGGAUGGGUGUUCUGUUGUCGUCGUGUGAUUUGAAGGGAGUAACAGCGAUAAUGGAUUUGGUCUGAUUGUGACAGUGUUGCAAGAUUCAUGCAUGAAUGGGAUUUUAGAUUGAAUUGAUGACGGAGUGAUUAGUUAAGGCCUUAUCUUAUUUUUUUUAUUGGGCUAAUUAUCGUGGGCCCAAUUUAAAGGAAAAUAAGCUUUUGUAAGAACCAGAAGUGUUUUUUUGCCGACAAAGUUAAUCGGCUCAACCUCAACGGUCAGGAUUUUGUUCCAGGGUGACAGAAACUUAUUUUGUAUGUCAUUAGCAUUUCCACAAUACAAUUUUAUUUUAUGUAAACUCUGUUUUAUCACACUAAAUUUUGUCCUAACCCUCUCUUUAUUUUUACCUUUAAGAAGAAUAUCAAUAAUGUAUUUCUCUGUUCUUUCUUUUACAAUUUUUUUUAAUAAAAAAGUGAAGUUGAUUUGUUUAUAUGUCAUAAUUUCAUACAUGUUGCUAUUACUACUUUUCUGCACAGGGACCAUGUAUGUUCAUCUAGUACUUAAUAAAAUAUGUUGAUGGGAAAAGAAAGUAAAGUUGAAUUUAUGUAUAUCUAAACUAUACAAUUAUUAUUUUUACUCUAAAAAAUGAAAAUGCUAUAAAAGUAGAAUUGGCAAUAUUUUCUUUUUAUUUAUAAAAUGAAAUUAGUCUUGAAAAAUUGUCAAAUUAUGAAAUAUGUGUGUGUUUUCAACAUGUCAACAAUUGAAAAAGAUUAUGAAAAUGUGUACAGAUGUAUCUCUUCAUCGUAAGAAUGAGUUUACAUUCUACGAAUGUGUUUUUCAUGUUAAAACGCAUUAAAAUUUAAAAGAUUGUGAAAUUGUAUAAGAAUUAGUUUUAUCAUUUGAAAAGUGUGUCUUGUUAUUCUUUAAAAUAUAUUAGUUUUAUAGAGUUGUGCCUUUUCAUUAUAAAAAUUAUACUAGUUUUAAAGAAGUUGUCAUAUUGUAAUGUACUAUACAAAAAUAACUGUAUCAAAUCUGAAAAGUUGUCACUAUUCGUAUAAAAAUCUGACAAUGGUUUUCAAAAGAUUGAAAUACUGAUAAACGUAAGAGAGCAUAUCAUAUCUCUGCAAAUUAAAAAAACAAAAAGAGUUCAAAGCAAAAAAAUAAAAGAAGCCAUAACAUAAAUGCAUAUUCAACUGUAAACAAGAUACACACAUGUUGCCAACCGAUGUAUGUGAUAUCGAUGGAAAUCUGAAAGAGUUAACAAUAUCAAAGAUUAUGCAUUUCAAUAACAAAACUGAAAUUAGUUUUUGUUUUAAAAGUUGUCAAAUGAUGAAAUGAUGUGUGUUUCUAUAAUUACAUGUAUCUUUUAAACAUGAAACGAUUAGAAAAAUUUACGAAAAAUGUGUAUAGAUGUGUUUUUCAUCCUAAGAAUUUGACUUUACAUCCUAAGAAUGUGUAUUUUCAUGCUAAAAAUGCAAUAAAGUUUGUGAACAUAUUUAAGAAAAAGUCUUCUCAUCUUAAAAAUAUGUUUUUUAUUCUUUAAAACCUAUUAGUUUUAAGAGUUUGGAAGAUGUAUAUGUCAGUCAAAAUUCUGUCAUUUAGUUUAUUAUAAAUUCUGUUCUUUCUUUGCUUAUUUUUUGCUUAUUUUUUUCUCGUCAAAACUUUUUUGUUUUUCAUAUAGUCAAAGUUAAAAUUGAUUUUGGAUCUUCGUUCAUCAUUGAUUAUUCACUAAAGUAUGUCAAAUCGUAUUUAUCUGUUUUUAUGAUUUUCAUCGUUGAAUUUGACUUUAUUUUUCAAAACAUGUAAAUCGUUUAUAAAAACACUUCUUUUAUUCUAUAAAGAGAACAGUUUAAGGAAAUUUUUCACAAAGAUAAAUUUUCUUUGCUUUGUAUGGAUUUUCUAUUACUUAAUAAUACUAAUUUUAACUUUCAAGAUUAUUAAUUGAUCUUAUUGUAUUACUAUUGGGUUACCUUUAUUAAAAUUGAUAUUUAGAGAAAAUGAUUCAUUUUAUGAUGCAGUUUUCUUCUUCUUAAUGUGUAUUAAUAUUUAUAAAAUAAUUGAGAAAUAUCAUCUUCGUGAAAAAAAGAGAGUAGAUUUUUUUAUCUAAACCAUAUGAAAUCCCGUUUGAUCAUAGUUCUGGUCUUAUUUGGACAUGAUUUUAUCUAGGUCUAGAUUAUGGAUGUAAAACAAAAGUUUGUUUGGAUUUUUAAAGCCAAUUCAAUUCAUAAACAAAUACUUUGUUUUAACUUCCUCUUAUUUGAUUACUUGCCUUGGGAUCAAAUAUGGAUAAAAUGAAACCAUAGAAGCAGACUCUCUUGCUUUAGGGACAAUUUAUAUGUAAAACAAAAGUUUCAUUUAAAUAAUUUUUUUGUUUAUUAUUUUUUUUAUCCCAAUCAUCUUUAGUUGAUGCCGAUUUUCAUUAAAAUUUUGUUCUAAAUAUAAAAUUCAUAAUUGUAUAAAAUUCAUGCUAAUUUUUAAUAUGAUUUUACAUUAUUAACGAAAGAAAUAAAACUUUAAAUAAGAACUAAUUUAAAAAUAAACUUAAACUGAUUUUCUUUUUAAAAAAAUUCCUCAAUAUAUUUAUUGAUAUACACAAGUGUUGUUAUUAUUAUUAUCCCAAAUUAGUAGUAUUAAAUAAAAUAAUUACUGUGAAAUAUUUUCAUAAUCUAUCUACAGAUUCAUGUUACCAAAAAAAGAAAAGAAAAUAUUUAACUAAGGCAAAAAAUGCUACAUUCGACGAAAUUAAAUAAUUAUCAUUUGAUUUUUCCCGGUUUUUUUCUUCGUAUCUCUCCUUUGUAAAUCGCUAGACAAUGGUGAUGAGGCCGAUUUCGAAAAACGUCUUAAUUUACAGACACAGCCUUUGUCUCAGGCUUAACUCUACGCUUGCUCUCUCUAACUACAAACCCAAUCCACCGACGACAACAACAAGCACAACCAUCUUCCAAUGCAAUUCUCAAAUCUCGAAGCUCGCGAGAAACGGCAACCUCCAAGAAGCCGAAGCCAUCUUCAAAGCAAUGCCUCAGAGAAGCAUAGUCUCGUGGAACGCGAUGAUCUCUGCCUACGCGGCGAAUGGCAAAAUGAGCAAAGCGCGCCAAGUGUUCGACGAAAUGCCUGUGAGAGCUACGACUUCUUAUAACGCGAUGAUUACGGCUAUGGUUAAGAACAAGUGCGAUAUGGUGAAAGCUCACGACUUGUUUCGCGAGAUGCCCGAGAAGAACGCUGUCUCUUACGCGGCGAUGAUCACUGGUUUUGUUAAGGCGGGGAUGUUUGAUGAGGCGGAGUGUUUGUACGGUGAGACGCCAGUUGAGUUUCGUGAUCCCGUUGCUUCGAACGUUUUGUUGAGUGGGUAUUUGAGGGGAGGGAGGUUAGAGGAGGCUGUACGUGUGUUUGAAGGUAUGGGGGUGAAGGAAGUGGUGUCGUGUAGCGCGAUGGUUGAUGGGUUUUGCAAAAUGGGGAAGCUUGUUGAAGCUAGAAGACUGUUUGAUGAGAUGUAUGAGAGAAAUGUGGUUACUUGGACUGCUAUGAUUGAUGGGUAUUUUAAAGGCGGGUUUUUUGAAGAUGGGUUUGCUCUGUUUCUGAGGAUGAGGCGAGAGGGAGAUGUUAGUGUUAAUGCCAACACUUUGGCUGUUAUGUUUAAAGCUUGUAGAGACUUUGACAGAUACAUAGAGGGGAGUCAGAUUCAUGGGUUGGUUUCACGGAUGCCUCUUGAGUUUGAUCUGUUUCUAGGGAACUCCAUGAUCUCGAUGUACUCUAAGCUUGGUUUUAUGGGAGAGGCGAAAGCAGUGUUUGGCGUGAUGAAGAACAAAGACUCUGUUUCCUGGAACUCGUUGAUCACGGGUCUUGUCCAGCGGGGACAAGUCUCUGAGGCUUAUGAGCUUUUCGAGAAGAUGCCGAGUAAAGACAUUGUAUCAUGGACAGAUAUGAUCAAAGGGUUUUCCGGAAAAGGAGAGAUCUCCAAAUGCGUGGAGCUGUUUGGGAUGAUGCCUGAGAAGGACGACGUGACGUGGACUGCUAUGAUAUCUGCUUUCGUGAGCAAUGGAUGUUACUCGGAAGCUGUUUCCUGGUUUCGUGAGAUGCUCCGAGGAAAGGCUUUUCCGAACUCCUACACUUUAAGUAGCGUCCUCAGCGCAGCAGCUAGUUUGGCGGCGUUGGUUGAAGGACUACAGAUCCACGCUAGAGUAGUGAAGAUGAACAUGGAGGAUGACUUGUCUGUUCAGAACUCGCUGGUGUCUAUGUAUUCAAAAACCGGAAACGCGCGUGAUGCUUACAAGAUCUUCUUAAGCAUCGGUGACCCCAAUAUUGUUUCUUACAACACGAUGAUCAGCGGGUUUUCUUACAAUGGUUUCGGUAAGGAAGCGGUUAAACUGUUUUCAGGAUUGGAAAGUACAGGAACAGAGCCGAACAGUGUUACCUUUCUUGCUCUGUUAUCAGCUUGUGCUCACGUUGGAUACGUUGACUUAGGAUGGAAGUACUUCAGCUCCAUGAAAUCUUCGUACGGCAUUGAGCCAGGACCUGAUCAUUACGCGUGUGUGGUUGAUCUUCUUGGAAGAGGGGGAAUGCUUGAUGAAGCAUAUCGCUUGAUCUCUUCAAUGCCUUUUGAGCCUCACUCUGGUGUUUGGGGAAGCCUUCUCGGUGCAAGCAAGACUUGUCUGCGUGUCGAUCUAGCAGAGGUUGCUGCUAAGAAACUAAUUGAGCUUGAGCCUGAUAGCGCAACACCUUAUGUUGUAUUGUCUCAGCUCUAUUCACUUGCUGGGAAAAACAGAGACGCUGAUCGGAUCAGGAGUAUCAAGAAAUCGAAAAAAAUAAAGAAGGAUCCUGGUUCUAGCUGGAUUAUAAUAAAGGGUAAAGUACACAAUUUUCUUGCGGGAGAUGAAUCUCAUUCGAGUCUGGAAGAGAUAGCGUUCACAUUGAAGAUGAUUGAAAAGGAUUACAAAUUGAUUUCUAUAAGCCAUGGAAGUAGUAUUCAUCACAGUGAAGCCUGUAAGGAGGUGCAGAGGAAUUAUUCAUAACUGAACCAAGCUCUGUUAUUGAGAGAGAGAGAUUAUGGAAACUUAUUUGAUUGUUUUGAUGGUCUGUUGUGGUGUCUUUAUUGCGUUGGCUUUAUUGGUGCCAUGUUGUUUGGAGAAGAAGAAGAAAACAGGCACUGAUGGUUCUGUGCUAAAGCCCAACAACCAGAGAGGCAGGGCUGUAACAAGCAGCAAUGGUGACUUCAUGUUUUAUCCAGCUGCGGCAGCGUCUCUUCCUACUAUCUCUGGUUCUGGACCUUCUGGUCACCAUCACAGCGCUCAUAAUCACGGUGGUGGUGGUGGUUGUGGCGGCGGAGGGCAUCAUGGUGGUGGAGGAGGAUGUGGUGGUGGUGGAGGAUGUGGUGGUGGUGGUGGAGGAUGUGGUGGCGGUGGUGGCGGGGGAUGAAGUUAGUUAUGUAUAGCGAUGAGUAGUUAGAUGAUGCUGCUAUGAUUUGGGUAGUUAUCUUGAAGUUAUUAUAUUCUUUUUGAUUUGUGUGUGUUUCCGUGGUCUUGGAUUUGUGUUUUUGUUUUCUUUUUCUUUUUAAAAUUCUACUAAAUUAAAUCUCAUAUUUUCUGAUCUACACUAUUAUUUGCAAAGUAAUUUUUAGCAACGAAUGCUCUUACGUUGAAAGUUAGGGUGAUUAAUAUCUAUAUUACCCUUAAUGAAUUAUAUAUAUAUAUAUAUAUAUAUAUAUAUAUGUAUAUAUAUUAAUUAUAUAAUUUAAAACAAUAAGAUAAUUUUUAUAUAUUGUGUUGUUAUCUUAACACAUAUUUUUUAGUUAUAAAUUUUUAAAAUAAAAUAUAAAACAAUUAAUAAAUUUUAAUUAAACAUAUAUAUUUAAUUAAUUUUUGUAUAUAUAUAUGUUUUAUUUAAUUUUUUGAAAACAUAAAUAAUAAAUUAUGAUACUGAUUUUGAAUUAAAAAAAUAAACUAAUAAAUAUUUAUAAACGAUUAAGUCCGCAUAUGCAGAUAAGACACCUAGUUUGAUUAAUAUUAUCUAAAGAGUUUUAUAUCUACCAUAGAUCAAGAUAAUGUGAGACUGUAAUAAUAUAAUAUAAAAUUUACGAUAAUUAAUAUACUAUAGCAUAAAUGUUAUGAAUAAAUUAAUAUAAUUUCAUAAUCUAUAAAUUAUGAUAUUUAAUACAUUAUACUAUACCUAUUUAGCAUUAUUAUAAUUUGUAAUCGUUCAAGUCUAACUAAUAAAUUUACUUCCGAUUAAGCGUAUAAGCGUAUUAUGUGUCAUGUUGAAUCGCCCUUUAUUAAAAUGGUAUUAUAUACGUAUUAUAUACGUAUUAUUUAUACAUUAUUUUCACUAUAUCUAUCAAUCUGUAUAUGUAGUUUGUUCUCUUCAUAAUUACCCAUACAACUAUAUGUAUUUUUAUUAUUUAUAGUUUAGUUAUUUUUGAAAUUAACACCAUGUGGACGUACAUAAAAUAUUUGAUUUAUAUAUACUGCCAACUAAUAUUUUUUAUAGUUACGUACCAGUUAUUAAAAUAUGGUAAAUGUAGAUCAGAUAUUUUCCUUCCGACAAUAUAGAUUAGAUUAUGCAUGGUUAUGUCCGGAUGAUGACGCACUAAUGCACAUAGCACACCACUAAAACUAUAUGUCAUGGUUUAUAUAAGUCGAAAUUUUCUUAUUUGAAAAUAACAAAAAAUUAUAAAUAGUUUAGAUACACAUGUACGUUAUGCAUACACAUAUUGCAUAAGUACUUAAAACAAUUUUUUUAUUCUUGAAAACAAGCAAAACUAAAAAAAGGAAUUGGAUGGGAAAAUUAUUACAUGCCAACAAAUUCGUUUUAACCACCGAUAUCGCCGCCAUAACCACUGCCUAGACAUGCGAUGCUUUCUUUGCCAUCUUUCUUAGCUUUGUGGUAGAGAAAGUGAGUGAGCCAUAAGAGGAACAUGAACAAGAGAAGCCCUCCAAACGCUAUAAACAAAAUCACCACAGGGUUCAUCUUUAAUUUUCUUGCUCGUAGUGAUUGUACGUUCACUUUUCAUAUUGGGAAAUAAGAAGAUGUGUGUAUAUAUAUAGAGAUGAAGAGCCUAUCAUUGACUUAAUUUUAUAAACCAACUCGUUCAUUUUGUAUUAAGGUUUGUUUGAUUUCCAUACGGAACCGGAUAUUUAUUUGUUGUUACGUUUAGCUUUAUUCAAACCCAAAUUGAAGGGAAUCUUGAUUAAUAUUGUAAGCUUGUAUUGGUCAGAUCACGGAUUAUUGAACCGAUAUUUCUUGCUUAUAUAUAUAAAAUAAUUCUCUAAAAAUCAUUCUACAAAUUAAAUAUUUGUUUCAGUUUGAUUUUUCGUUGUUUAUUUUAUCUUUGACUAUUUGUAGUGAAUCAAUACAUUUUUGGAAUUGUUAUCUGGACAUCAAGUAUCUGGCCAGAGCCCAUCUGAAUCACGAUCAACUGGUACAGGUGAAGCUUUUAUAACCUUAGUUCAUGUCAAUUAAAUAAAACUCCAACGAAGGAUAUAAUUUGAAAAUGUAGUAAUUUCUUUGAUAAAUAACCAAGUUGUAAAGCUAACGUGUAUGAGUGUAUCAACUCCCCGGUAAUAAGUGAAAUGAGAUUUAGUUAAUUCUCCAACAUCAAUAGGAGCUUUUUGGUAACAUGGACAACGUAAUGCAUUACUUAAAUGUACCUUUGUUGAUAUAAAUUAUACACUACAACUUAGGUUGUCAUUUAAAGGAAAAUCUGAUUAUAUUAACAGAAAUUAGCCCUUUUUUAGUUUUUGUUACAAAAAUAAUCAUUUAAUAAAAAAAAUGGUCAUAAUAAAUUUUAUUAAAAGGUAAAAAUACAUUUUAAUUAAGGUUAACUAGUGUUAACUAGUCUAGACUUAGGAUUUAGAGUUAAGAGAUGAGGUUUUGGAGAUAUGGUUUUAAAUUUUAAAAAAUAAAAAAUAAAUAUUAAAAAUUUCAAAAUAAAAAUGAGUUAUUUUGUGACAAAAAUUUAGAAAGAACUACCAGAGAGAAUUGCUUUUAUAUUAAAUACACACCGCAACGAAAAUAGCAUUAAAAAGGUAAAAUUGCAUCCCAUGUACACAACUUUUUCCAUAAUUAACUCAAUACCCUAAAUUCUAUACCAUGGUAUUUUUGUUAAUAGACAUACAACUUAUUACAUUAUGUGUGUAUUUACCUAAUUUCCAAUUUCUUUGUGGUUUUUUAGCUAAUCGGCUCUUAAAAAAAUUCGAAAACAUGAGUACACAUAUAUUAGGAAAAGCAAACAACAACUUGUGUCGCGAUGUACGAUCUCUUUCCAUCCGUAUCGUCAAAAGUAGAAGGUAACAAUAGAGAGAAUUAGUAUAUUAUAGUAAUUUUGUUGAUAAUAUCCCUAGGACUCGUCGAUUUUUGUAUUCUCUUGUUCUGUAUUGUAAUUUGAUUCUCAGAUUGAAGAAGAAAUUGAACAUCUCCAUAUCUUUAUAUAUGCGGUUUCUAAUCAGACAAUAACGUUAGUUGUUCCGUAGACAAUUGACAUAUUAUCUUGUAAAUUAGUUUGGAUAAAAUAAUUAAAUGUGUCAAGUAAGCAAGUUCAGACUUGUGAUGAACCAUUCACUUAAGCAAGUUGAGACUUGUGAUGAACCUCUCUGCGUUUGAUAAGUCUGUAGUUUGUAUAUAAAAACUGAUCAGUUUAAGCUAGUUGAAACAUGUGAUUAACAACUCUGCUUGUCCUUAGUUUUAAAUUUGAUUAUUCGUUAAUAGAUAUAAAAUCUAAUUUAUAGCAUAUUCUUGAAGAUUUUAUCAUUAAAAAUGAUGUCAGCCAAUACAAAUUCAAAAAUUUUAAGAUUAUAUGACCGUUCUAGUAUGGAAAUUAUAUCCAUUGACUCUAAAAAGUCUUGUUCUCAUUUAUCCCAAAUCGGAAAUAUCAAUCAAAUAUGUUCUAAAAUAAUCAAGUUGAAGUAUUCGUCCACAUGAUCCGCUUCAUAUUCCAAAUUAAAAGUUGCCUUUUUUGGUUGGGUUAUCCGGUUAACCUACAUGGACGCUUGUUUCUGACUUUGUUUCCACAAUAGUUAGUGUAGAAGUAAACCUACAACCUCAUAAGUGUGUGUUGUUUACCUUAUCAUGAAAAUAUUGAAAUAUUUUUGUUUACCUUAUCAUGAAAAUAUUGAAAUAUAGCCACGGGAAAAUUUUCAUAUUGCAUAAUUUGGAUGUAUACGUUAUAUAUUUACUUGAUAAUUCUAUACAAAUCCGACAUCAUCAAAUACUACAAUAUAUUGGGUAAAACGUUUAUUAGAUUUGAAUCAAUACAAUGUACACAGUACACAUAUAUUUAUUUAUCCACAAUACAACGUUAAUAUCUUACAUUCCUAUAAUC